AUGGGGGAACCAGACGGUACAGACGUGGCGGAUACACUGGAGCAAGGGACUCCAAACCGAGGGAAUCCGGACCGAGGGGAUCCGGACCGAGGGGAUCCGGACCGAGGGAAUCCGAACCAAGGGACUCCGGACCGAGGGACACCGGGGCAGGGGGAUACGGUGCACCUGGAAACAGAGCAGGGCGACAUGUCAGACCACGGGACUCCUUCUGAUGCUGCUGCUGAGGUUGCACGGACAGACAAGCUGCACGGAACCGAGUCGGGCCAGACAGGUGGGAAGCACCUUGGGGAGACUACUGAUGACCUGGCUGAUGCCUCCGUCAUCCUACCGCAGUACCUGCACAAACACGACACAGGGUCCGCUCAGCCCAGCGUGGAUGUGGAACUUCUCGCUGACGCCGCCGCCAGGAUUCAGAACCAGCUGUACGAACGCGUCAAAAAUGCCGCACCGGCCGUCCCGCCAACAGACCAGCAACCUUCAGCUGACGCCUCCGCACUGCUGCCCAGCUCCAUGGAUGACAGGCGAAAUGGUGCCGGGCUGGGGGAAGCGCCCCCUACCGACGAACUGGCCGAUGCAGCAGAGGUCCUGCCUGGCUACCUGCAGGAAAAUGGCGCAGGUUCUAAUAACCCCCAGGUGGAUAUGGAGGUUCUGGCGGAUGCCGCCGCCAGGAUUCACAACUGCCUGUACGAACGCAUCAGCGAUGCCUGCCGUAAGGAUGACCCGUCAGCAGACUGGAAGGCUAAAGUCGAAGCCGCCGGACUCUGCCCUAACCCCAUGUAUGCCAGCAGGAAAGGAGCAGACUCAAAGGCUGAAAACAUCACCAAGAAGACCAAGAAGGGGAAAGGCUGUGCUCGAACCGGGCGGCUGGUGUACAUGGUCAACAUCACUGCUUUACUGAUUUACAUCGCAUUUAUGAUUACAAAAGAGACAUUUGAACUGCAGUCCUGGAAAGAGACGUUUGAGCGUCGAUUUGCUGAAAAAGGGAAGUGUUGGGUCAAUGGCCUGAACGCUGAUGCCGAGCCUCGAUCCGCAGGUGGGAAAGAACCUGCUGAGAUGCACGAGCCAGUCCCAGCCGUCAGGAAUGCCACGGCCGAGUCAACAGGGUCCAAAGAUGGAGGGUCUGGCUUCAGAAAUGCCACGUUCACCACCCUCGGUGCGACCGGCCGUGCAGGCCCGACCAGCCUGGGUGCCCACUACCGCGGACAGGACCACGAGAAGCUGGUGACCUUACAGGACGGGAUCCAGCUCUUCACCGUGCCUGAGACGGGAAACUACAGUAUUGAAGUGGCUGGUGCCGCAGGAGGCUGGGAUUCCACCACCAGUAACAAGGAUAACCGGGGCUAUGGUGCCAUGAUGAUGGGAACCUUCGAACUCCACAAAGGAGAGGUGCUGAAGAUUCUGAUUGGGCAGGAAACGGUGGCCAAAGGCGGCAUGUCUUCCGGAGGAGGCGGCGGGACGUUCGUGGCGAGGUUUAACAACACCCCCCUCAUCAUCGCGGGAGGGGGAGGGGGCAUGCAGUGGUUGAGCCGGCGCUACGGGUCGUGCGACGGAACGACGCUAACGUCAGGCCAGAGGAGUUAUGUAGGCGUGAAAGGCCGGGCGGGGAAUGUAAGUGACGAGGUGAACGCGGGGGGUACCAACGGGCAUGGGGCGACAGACGGGAAGGGGGACUUAGGCGGGGGCGGAGGCGGCUUUUACACUAACGGCGGCAGCGGGCGAGAGUUUGGGUCUGGGUCUGGGACAAGAGGCGGGGAGGGGGGAUACGCGUUUGUGAACGGGGGGCAGGGAGGGAGAGGUUGUAAUGGAGGGAAGGGGACUGGUUAUAAUACUGACGGGGGGUUCGGUGGCGGAGGGGGGGCCUACCAGCCAGGUAAGGGGUCAGGUGGAGGAGGGGGGUACUCCGGAGGGGGGAGGGGACAACCAGAACUGUGCGAGUGCGGAGGAGGGGGAGGGUCCUUCAAUAAUGGAACGUACAAAAGUGGCCGGAAUGGAAAAAACGACGGGCCUGGUUACGCAGUGAUCGUAAGGCUCCCUUCUGCCGUGGAGGCAGCAAAAUAA